GACACAGGAAACCUAGAUAGAAAACGAGGCAGACAAGAAAGCAGAUAAGAAGCAAUGCUGUCGUGAGUGGUUGGAAUUUAGUGACGCUCACUGCUAAUUUGCCCUUGUUAGCAAGUGUGUGGUUUUCCUUCGGCGUGUUACGUGAGGACAGUUCCGUAGCAGCAGCUGCUAGUUAGCAUGCUAAUGUAACUGUCACAUUAGCUCGCUGCUGCAGCAUCACCGCCCAAUCAGCUCCAGAAGCCCCUGCUCAUCUGUUCCCCACGAGGGAAGCUCGAUCCUCACCCACAGGUUCCAGGAAGACACCCUUUCUUCUGUCCACCAUGGACCAGACAGAUGUGGAACAGGUGACCCUAGCUCUGCUAGAUGCAGCCACCGAUAAAGACUCAGAGGUUCAGGAGCAGGUCAGGAAGUCUGUGUUAACCCUGGGGAAGCAACAGCCAGACCGAGUGUUAGCCAUAUGUCAGGACUACCUCCUGAAUCAUCCAAAGUUGGUAGUGAGUCACAGAGUUGUGAUUCUCCAGACUAUUGAGCUGGUAGUCGACUGCAAGAUAGAGGAGAUCAACUCCUCCAGGAUAAAGAGCAUCAUUUCCCUGGCCUCAGAUGAGAUGACACGAUCCAAGGAGGUCAUCCCAGAUUGGCAGCAGGCAGCUAGUAAUAUAUUGGUUGCUGUGGGUAACAAGCACAUCAAUGACAUUAUGGAGGAGAUAUUAAGCAAAUUUCAGCCAGGCAUCCUACCUCACUUCUUUGUGGUCCAAACACUUGCCAACCUCUCUGACUCCAAUGUUUACGGCAUGGUGCCCUUCCUCAAUGCAAUUCUUGGCACCAUGUUGCCCAUGCUGAGCAUGGCCAAACAGGACAACAUGAAGUGGGUCUUUUCUUCUGCCCUGUGUCAUUUCAGUGACAGUAUCUUGGAGUACCUGGCCAACCUGGACAAGGCUCCAGAUCCCACAGUCAGGAAAGACACAUUCUCCAGUGAAAUCGGUGCUGCUUUUGACAUCCUCUUCAAUAACUGGUUACAAAGCAGGGAGUCUAAGUUGAGGCUGACGGUGGCUGAGGCAGUGGGCUCUAUGUGCCACUUGAUGGCCAGUGAUAAACUGGAGGAGCAAAUUCCCAAACUCAUUCCUGCCAUUGUGUCCCUUUACAAGAAAAACAGUGAGCACUACAUCAUUAGCAAGAGUCUUUGCCAAGUACUUGAUGCUUCUGUCGACAUGGGCAGCAGGGUGUUGGAGACACAACUGGAUAGUGUACUCUUCGUGCUACACCAACAGGUGUCCGCUCCUGUCGAUUACAACAACCCUCCUACAGUCAAGAACCACAAUGAGGUUCUGCGCUGCUUCAGUUUGCUAGCAAAGUCAUUCCCAGACCGGCUGGUUAUAUUCGUUCUUCAGAAGUUGGAGAAUAGUAAUGAGCGGAGCAGGAUGGGCUGCCUGGCUGUCCUCCGCCACCUCAUCAACUCCGCCACGUCGACAAUGGAGGGUAAGAAGCUGCUGAUUCUGGCCAGUAUUAGACAACCAAUGGCUGACCACAGCAAUAAGGUGAAGAAGUGCGUGGUCCAGGUUAUCAGUGCAAUGGCUCAUCACGGCUACCUGGAGUUAGAGGGAGGGGAGUUAUUGGUUCGAUUCAUAGUUCAACACUGUGCCUUACCCGACACAUAUCAGCCAGACCAAAAAGCCACUGAUCCAGAGGAGGUGACUAAUGAGUCACUAAGAGCAAUGUGUGACAACACCCUUCAUCUCCUGACCACCACUGUUGGACAGCUUGCUGAUGUGCUAUGGCCCAAGCUGCUGUACUAUCUGACUCCUUCACAGUACAACAAUGCAACCACUCCUCUGUGUAAGAGUCUGAUAGUGCUGGGCAACAAGAAGAAAACCAACCAGGAGCCCAGUUUCAACAUAGACUUUACAGAGGAAGUUAAUCUGCCGUCUCCUCAAACUCUAACAAUCAGACUGCUGGUGAAUGCUGCAUUCCCGUUCAGUAGCAGAGGUCAUGGAGCUCCAUCCCUCUCUCUCCUUCAGAUUCUCAGUGUAAACAUUCACCCCAAGACAGAGGCUCUCUGGGAGAAAGAGAUUCCUCCUCUGCUAUCUAAACUGGAGGAGUCAACAGCAGAGAGCCUGGAUAAGAAGCACUGGGAAGGAAAGCUGUUGAAGCUCUUGUCUAAAACCCUGACUACUAUUGAUGAUGACAAAUGGGUGUGUCAGUUGGCAGCUGAGGCAACAAGAUAUCUCUCCACAUAUAACAACGCCCUAGAGGAAAAAAGUUUUCUGUAUCAGUGUAUAGGAGUGACUCUUCAACAGUGUUUCAAUAAUGAGAUGGUUAAAAAACAACUGCAGGAAGUCCUCCUCACUGCACGACACAGUGACGCUGUCGAAAGAGAGGGAGUUGCAAUGGGCGUCGGCCUGUGUGCCAACAGCCACUUGGAGGGAACUCUAGCCAAACUACAUGAGUUUGGAAAAUCAGAUGCCUUCAAGAAGUCACCAAGCAUCUUCAACCUCCUGAAAGAUCGUAAUGAGGUUGAGGUAGAGAAGGUCAAAAGCACAUUGAUCCUGUGCUAUGGUCACGUGGCUCUGAACGCACCUCCAGAAAAGAUACUGAACCGCAUUGAUCAAGACAUCCUGUGCUGCAUCAGUAAACACUUCAAUACUAAGGUUCUGGGGAUAAAAGUAGAGACAAAGGACCUGACUAUGAAACUGAGUUUGAUCCAAAGUGUUGGCCUCAUAGCCAAAGCCAUCAGCAAGUGUGUGAAGAAUCGAGCCUACACCUUCUCUCGCAAACUAGAGCUUAUGACUGUUAUUCUGGAUUUUAUCAAGGCAGAGCCAGCAGAUUCAUUGAAAACUCCAGUACGCCAUCUUGUGAUGACCACCUGUGCCAACCUAAUACCACUGGACCCUGUGCUGAGUGAGAAUGAGACCUUUGACUUGCUAAAAGUGUGUGUGAACAGUGUGUUCUCCCUGCCGCCUGAGAUUCACACUCCAGAGAAAACAAAAGAAGAGGAGAUAAUUGACCCCAAGCAGAGAACGGCACUGUAUAAAGACACGCUGGCUGCACUGCAGGAGCUGCUCGGGAGUGUACUGGCCAAGGAUCCCACACCCGAUGGCCUGCAGAGUGUCUUCAAGCACAUUGAACCAUGGUUGAGCUCCAGGCAGGACCACGAGAGAGAGAGAGCUGUAACAGCUACUGCUCACAUACUGGCUUACUACCUUGAUAACUUGACUGUCAAGAACAUGGUAUCUUUCCAUAACCUCGGAGCUUUGCUGGGACGACUGUCUCCACGAUGCUCUGACCCUCACCCAGCUGUGCGCACCGCUGCUGUCGACUGUAUAUACACACUGCUUUAUAUACAGCUACGAUAUGAAGGUUUCUCUCUAGAUUACAAGGAUACAGCUGUGGAUGAUCUGUUGACCCUGAAAGGCACACUAGAAAACCCUGACCACACAGUUCUCUACAAGACCUGCUCUGACAUCACAAAGGUGAUGAGUAAGCGUCUGCCUCAGCAGCAGCUGACAACGUUGCUGUUCAUGUUGUUUGAAGGGCUGGUCGACAGUCAGACAAACUGCUGCAGAGCUUCAACCGUCAUUUUAAAUACUCUGCUGAAGAACAGAGGAGGGGGCCUACAGGAGCUGGUCCCAGAGAUGCUGGAGGUGCUCCAUGUGCGUUUGCAGAGCAUCACAGAGGAGCAGGUGAGAGUGGCAGUGGGACAGACGGUUCUGAUCCUGGCUUCUCAGCACCUACAGGCUGUUGUUAACACACUAGUGAACCAGCCACUUCCUUAUGACAGCUGGACCAGUGAGAUGUGGAUGGCCUUGGGAGCAGAUCCUGUUGUAGCCUGUCAGAUCAUAGAGAUGGUGAUAGAGAAGCUUGCUAUCUUGGCGCCCUAUGUAGACAAGAAGGAAUCAAUGAUGAGAGGAGGGACGACAAAGGUGGCCACUAAUCAGCCGCUAGCUAUGACAUGUGGUCUCAAAGAGCUGUUAUUAAAUGGCCAUAGUCAGGAGUCGGCAGUCAGUCUGUUUCCUCGGCUCUUCUCCUGCCUCACUGUCAGAGUGGGAGUCAGUGUUGGACUCUCAGCACCCAAGGACAACAACACUAAACACACUGCUUCUGUCCAUGUGGCAGGGGUAGCGGCUGAUGCGCUGAGAAUCUUGUUAGCAAGAGCCCAGUCGGACGAGGUGAUGAAAAGACUGGAUGAGGAUAAAGCUUGGGACUCAAUUAGAGAACCAAACACGCACAUUACUGGAAUUACACUACUAGCAAGGGCAAUGGCCAGACAUGCUGGUCCCAGGUUGCCCGCCAUUGUUGAGUGUCUGUGUCCGUCACUGAACAACAUCUAUGAAAGCCAGAGAAUCACUGUCACGGCUUUCUUCUCUGAGCUAUUAAACCAUCAUGUGGUGACAGAAUUGAUGUUAAUAGACGUGUUAAUGAACAACAUGAUGGAGAGAAUAUCAGAUCCCUGUUGUACAGUCCGCAUGCUGGCUGUGCGUGGGCUUGGCAAUAUAGCUGUGGGGUCACCUGAAAAGGUGAAUAAAUAUGCAAAAGAGCUGCUGGCAGCCAUGAGUUCAGGCAUGGAGGAGAAGGACGAUCCAGGUAAGCUGAUUACUCUUGAAGCAAUGUCAGGCCUCUCUAAAGUUCUGCUCUACCUGGACCAGAAGAAUGUCCACCUACUAGUCGUCUAUAUUUUCAUGAAGAUAAAACCAUUCUUGGAAAGUGAGAAUAAUGCGAUCCGCUGUGCCUCCAUCCAUCUAAUGGGAAACCUGUCCAAGUUUGGCUCAGGAGAGCCAGUGUUCAAAGACCAGAUCCACAACGUCCUGGUCAGCUUGCUGUUACACCUGGUUGAUCCAAACCCACAGGUGGUCAGGGCCUGCAAGUAUGCGAUGCGUGAGUGUGCUCCCAUGGUGGGAUCAGAGCAGAUCACAGCCAUGUUUCAGAACCACCUCCAUGAGGACAAGAGCUUGCACUAUGGAGAGUUCAUCAACGACCUCACCAAGUACCUGAUCCAGGACUUUCCAGGCAUGCUGAACUUCUACCACAUAUCAGUCAUCCAGUUCUUCAAGAGCUACUGGCCUGAGGUCAGAGCUGGAGCUGCCAUGUUUAUAGGGUUUCUACUGGGGAAUCUUCAAGAGGAGCACUUAUCCCACCUCAACAUGGGUACCAUCACUAAAGGUUUAGUGAUGUUGCUGCAAGAUCCAGAUCCUUUUGUGAGAGUGAAGGCUGCUGAGGCUAUGGGACAUUUCCACUGACACACAUUAAAAAAACAAAAAAAACAAAAGCCUACAUACAAAUGUAUGUCCUUCAGUCACCAGUGCUUAAGUCCUGAUUUGGCUCUAUGUUUACAAAAGCAUAAGAACCCACCAUUUAACUGUGCAGUCAUUAUAACAUCCAAAUACAACUGCACCCUUCAUUAAAACCAAAACAGGGACCCACACAAGAACAGGUUUGGAGCCAGAAGCCAAACUGUCACAUUUGCCAGUGUUUCAAAAUCAUACAAAUGAGCUGUGAUAAUACACAUUCAUAUACACACACACACACGCUGAUUUUUAGCUGUUAGCAGCUUUGAUUAGCUUUUUUUAAGACUUGAAGUGUUCAUUCCUUUUUCAGUGACCAAAGACUGUUGUUCUUCACAGACGGAUGUUAUCUGUAACAUUUAGCGAUCUGCGAGUGCGACAAUACCAGAGAUACACUGUGUCAAUGAAAUAUAUUCGACAUCUACAAGUUUCUAAUGCAAAGGGUAUCAACACAUUUGAACCAGUCAAUUUUUUUUUUUUCAGAAUAAAUAUAGUUUCUUCAAAUAUUAGGUGUCUUUAACCAGUAGCUGAAGUGUGUGUGUGUGUGUGUGUGUGUGUGUAGCCUUGUUUUUCUAUACUUGUGCGCCCCAAAGUCCAUGAGUUAUCUUCACAGGGAUUAGACAUCACUCUGGUCCCCACAACGUAGUUUGUCGAAUUUUACAAAAAUGAUUGGGUGUAAGGUUAGAGCAAGUGUCGGCUGUUGUUAAGGUUGGAGGUUAUCUCCUGGAACCAAAUGUAAGUCUAGUAGGGGCCCAUUAAGUGAUGAAAACAAGGGUGUGUGUGUGUUUGUAGCCAUGCCAGCAUUUUGUGAUAGUGUUUUAGUGUCUCGUUAAUACAUUUUAAAUCUGUUAGAUGUGCGGUGCUAUGAGUAAUUCUCUAAACAUAUCUAUUAUUAUAGAAAUUACUGCUAAAUGCAGAAGAACUGCACCAUCCAGUGGGUCAAAGGUGUAAAUAAAGGAAAGCUGGAAAUCAGGAUGGCCUGUGGUCACAGUGGGUCAUUUCUGCUGAACAUGAUUAGUGAGCUUUAGCUUUACACAGGUUGCUUGGCCACAGUCACUUUAAUGUGUUUCUGGUUCAGCCAUGCUAAAAACAGUCAGUGCCAAAUGUUCAUUGACAUGGUCAUCAGUUUUAGGGUACAGUUGUAGGUUUGUAGGCCUCUUAAUAUUAUGUAAAUAUAUGUGUGAGAGUUGUAUUAUGUGAGGAUGUCUUUAUGUCUCCAAAUAUACUUCAUGACAAAACUGUCCAGUAGAGAGACAGGUGAAAGAAAUACAUAGUUUGUGUAUAUGUCUACAUUCAAUAUUUCUGUUGCACCUUUAAGCUCUGCCACGUAGCCCCUGCUUUAAGAACUGGAAGGCAACCGUGAGCGAAAUUGCUUCACGAGUUAUGUGGAGAACACUUUAAUGUGUAACAGGAAGGCGGACCUUUCUCCACAGUGUGACGCUUUCUUUGUGGCUAGAUAAAAAGCUCGAGAAGCUCACAGUCAACCUGUAAAUGUAAUAAAAUAUGUGGCUGCUCCUGGGUCUAUACCAGAUGUCUUGGCUGUUCUACAAACAGGGAUUCAGAGCGUCUAGCAUUUUCUAACACUAUGGUUCGGUUUAGGGUGAAGGGUGAAUAGUAGUUAAUGGCUCUUUUAAAUAUUGUUAUAAACUUUAUACCAAUGUUGUGAUUUGUCAUCUAUCUGAUUUUUGACAUGUUGCUAAUGUGUGUCUCAGUAUGUGGGUGUGUAGUUUGACUGUCAGAUGGUUCGAUAUGGGGAUGGGGUGUUAAAGUGUGAAUGUGUGCAUGUCACUUUUCAUAUGUCACUUGAUGAGAAGAGCGAGUGGGUGAUGGCAGUGUAUUUAAAAUGGAGAAAUAAACAGAUCCCUUAAAA